GCGCGUCUGGAUCAGUAUCACUGCCAGAAGCAGCGUGUACCUGACUCUCCGCGCUGCUGGAUUAAUCUUUACACCUUAACAGCACUUUUACCGCCGGUUUACCGUGUUUUUAUGUGUUUAUCAGUUUAAUCCGCUCUCUGCUCAUUGAGGGGGAUGCAGAGCUGAACUGAUCUGAGGGGGGUAUGAGAGGGACUCAGCCUCCUGCAGGAUCUAAUGCAGCCUGUCCCGGGAUGAUGGCUCUGUCUACGGGCUUCCCUGAGUCCUCACCCUCCGGUACAGUGCAUGGAGUCUCGUUAUCAGUGGAUGACCCUUCUGGUGUACGGAGGGGUGCCUAUUCCACAGCUGAAGAUAAACCGGUACUGGUUCCACCGAUGUUCGUCUUUCAGAAGAUGACAGCUCCAGUGAAGAGGAGACCGGAGGAGGAAGGCAACGGAGCUGCUGUAAACAAGCGUGUCAGAUCCAUCACCUACCCCUCCUUACACAGUCGGAACAGAAAAGGUCCGUAUGACAGCGUCAGACGAGUGCGCUCAACUUCGCUCUCCUUCCCACCGCCUUUACCUGUCUCCAGAUCAAAUGUGUUUAUGCCUUCGAACCUGCACAACCCAAACAAGAUCUCCACCAGUGCAGGGUCCUCUCAAUCUAAGGUGAAGCGAACCAUGCUGAGGCCGUCUCUUCUAGUAGCUCCUGGUCCAUGGAACGGUCGAAACACACCUCAUCUCAGACAGGUCAGGCUAAACACAGAUGAGGAAAUCUCCAGAGUUACUUUUGACCUCCCAUCCUCGGCUGGGGCACUGGAGCAGCGGGCACUACCCCAGACUGGCAGAAGUCUGCUGGAGUCGGACUCGGCCAUCGCCGGGAGCAUCGAGUUUGUGUUUGGGGAGAAUAUGAGUGAGAGGGUUCUGAAACGGCCGUGCAGUGAGGACAUGUCUGAAUCCGACUGCAGCUCCACUGACUCGGACUCGUCCAGCUCAGAGGCAGCUGAGAACAGAUCUGUAGGGAGUACGCUGUGGGAGUCAGCCGCUGCUUACACUGCUGCUUGCAGAAGACGCUGUUUACUGAAACAAGUUCGAGUCUUCACCGGCGAGGAGAACGAGAGCAAUGUUGUACAGCUGACGUGUAAGCUGUUUGUUCUGGAGAAGGGAACACAGUCAUGGAGCGAGAGAGGGAGGGGAGUGUUACGGCUGAACGACCUGGAAACUGGAGCCAAAGGCUGCUUACAGUCCAGAAUGGUGAUGAGGCACCAGGGCAGUCUGAAACUGAUCUUGAACACCAAGCUGUACCCUCACACACACCUGCGGCGGCCGGCGCGGAGGAACUUACAGGUGACCGCUACAGAUCUGGAGACCCACAGCAUGCGAGUGUUCCUGAUCCAGGGCAGCGCCAGAGACAUCGCCCGCCUGUACGUGGCCAUCCACCACAGACUGGUGGCCCUGCGCUGGAGUCCGGGGAACCUGACCGGAGAGACCAGGGAGGGGCACUGCAGCAGCGAGGAGGACGAGGAUGAAGACGCAACAACUGGGGAUCGUAACUGGAGGCACAGUCAUUCCAGGUUCUGCCCUUGACCAGCCGACUGACCCGGUGCCUGAGGACGCUUCCCAUCCUGCCUCUGCUCUCUGCCAUUCCAGAGCACCUGUGAACACCAUCACCUUCUGUGAUCAGUCACAGAGCUGAAGACCAGCACAGGGACUUGUAACCAGCAUGGAGGCAGCUGCUGCUGGUGAUGAGCAGCGUAUCUCUCUCAAUGAACCACAAUGAACCAUUUGCCAAAGAACGAAUGACUCUAUACUGCAUUAUAAAUGCUGUGAGGACACUUUAUAUUCUCUCCAUGUUCUCCUGCUGUUUUCAGCUAAAGGAGACACUAAAGGAGGAUCUGUGACGAGUGAACUAAAAAAAAUGAUGCUGGUUGGUCUAUAAGGAUCUUAAGCUCACACUAUGCAUUCGAAAGCUCAGAGAACUGUGAAAUUAUGAAGAUAUGAAGAUGAGGGGAAUAUCCAUACCAUGAGAUAGAUAUCUACACUACUGGGAAAGAAAUUUUUUGAUUGGAUUUAUUUUGUGCUAUUUUGUUUUAUCAUUACAUUAUGUGUCCAAAAGUAUGCAGACACCAUUUUUAUUAGUGAAAUAUUGAAAGCAUUGCCAAUACAAUAGGACAUUCUUGAUCUAAGCCAAGCUAAGUGUCAGCUAAAGUAUAAUAAUCCUUCCUUCCAAGACCUCUGAAAUGAGCUGGAUUGGCAGAACAUGGCAGAACGUAUCAUCCAACAUCGGCACUUGACACCUUACUGAUGCUCAUUGCAAUCAGAUCCUCAUAGUAAUGUCAGAACCUCGAGUCUAAAGCCUUUCUAGAAAAGUACAGGCUGUUACUGCAGUAAAGAAGGUGUGAAUCUGGAUGAAUAAAAAAGGCGUCUACAAACUUUUGGACAUAUAGUGUUCUCCUGAAAGGGUGUUCUGUUCUACAGUGAAGGUCUGUUCUAAAGCUGAAUCUAGGCCUAGAUCAUACACUGCAGAAAAUGAUAUAUUGGCAAGUGCAAGUGAUUUUUUUAAAAUAUUUUUUUAUUAUUAAUUAAUAUUUUGUACAUCCUUUAUUAUGUAUAGGUCAUGUUAUUUGGUAGCACUUUAUUUGAAGGGUACUUAUAUACAUAUACAUAAGAGCCAGUACUGGCAUUUGCUUUUAUACAUAUUAAAAAAUUGCUUAAUAAAUGCAUUACUCAAAGCUUGAUAGGGGUGGGAAUCACGUGGCAUCUCACAACACAAUAUUGUCAUGAUACUGUGAUACUCGAUUUAAUACAAGAUAAUUCUGUAAGAUACUUUACAUGAUCUGUGUUACUGAAGAGGAUAAAAUACUCCUAAAUAAGUAAAUACCAGGAAUUAUGCAUUUAUUGGUUGGUGUCAGUUUCACAGAAAUUCACAACCAAUAUUCUUUUUAUUGUAGUUUUAUUAAUCCUAGUCAUUUAGUAAGUCUAAUUGGAGGAGUGAGUCUUAGUAGAAGUUUAGAGACUCUGUUUCCAUAAAAUGUCCUAUUUUGACGUUGCGCAUCAAUAACAUAAUGCAGUAUUGAUAUUAUGUCCCACCCCUUCUCAAUAAUUGUGUUAUAAAGCCUCUAUGUAGUUACAAUUCAAACAAAUGAAACCAAUUAUUCUGUCAGUUGAAUGUGACUGAUUCUGUUGUCUUAUUGUAUUACAUACAUUUAUGUAGAAUGUCUAGAUAUAAGUGCAAUAUUCUUUAGAAUAGUAUAACAGCUUCAAAAUGAAACAUAUUAGGCUUUUUUUCAUACAGCAGGCAAAAUAAUCAAAAUCCAUGUACAUAUGUUUGUGUGUAUAUCUUCCGAUUUGGACCACUUUCAUACAUGCUAUUGAAAUGUGUGACUCUGAACAGCCAGAUUCGACAUCUUGAAUUUUAUGUCAAGAAGAAAGAAACAAAAUGCAAGUGAAAAGAAGGGAAAAUGGAUGACAGCGGUGAGGAAGAGUUUCAGUAGUUUAGCGGAAUAGCAAAGUGACAGACUUCAUAAAUAUUUGGACUGAUGUCUCUGUUCAAAUAAUAUUAGAAAGCGUGCUUUUAAAAAAAAUGCUAAAUGUGACCAUGAGAGGAUAUAAGGAAAAGAAGGGAAAAAAUAAAAGGCUUAAAACCAAAGUUUAAUAAACCAAGGAAGUGGGCAUGGCAAAUAGCAUGUACUUUUUACAUUGAGACUAAAAUGUCAGUUUAGGGGUGUGAACUGUUCAGAAGAAUUUUGGAUAUAAAUAAAUUUAAACCAGCCAAAACAAUUUAAAUAGAAAAAAACAUUGGACUUUGGAUUUUGGACACUUUACCUGCUGUGUAAAAAAAACUUAUCUUGCCAAAAUAGCAUUUUUGCAGUGUAAAAUGUGAAGAUUUUAAAUAGUUUGCUACACGACACCUUUUAUUUUAUAUUAUUUCAAUAAAUAUCUGCAGAGAUAUUUCACCACCAUAACAUUGGAUUUUCAAUCCAGCCUACCUCAAUGAACAUUACAAUGUUAAGUCUUCUGCACUGAACCUUGGUUGUCAUCCAGAGAAGAAAGUCACUUUAUUAUCUGGAAACAUGAUAUUGUUUUUUUUUUUUCGUUUUUUUUUUUCAAAAGUGAAGCUUUUAAAAGCUUUAAAAAUGUCAAAUUCAGCUAGCAUCUAGUUUUAUGUUUCUUUGAAUUUCUAUACUGUUUUUAUUGGUCAAUCUGCUAAAAAGAAAGAAAGCAAAAACUGAUAUUGGCCAGAAACACAUUUUAAGGGCUAAGAUGUAGAAACAUUCACCAAAAGGUGUUAAAUAUUUUUAUAUUAUUGUUUUUGGUCUCAAAUGCAUUAAAAACUAAUAAAAACAUGAACAUCUA